AUGCGUUGAUUACGGGCGAUGACAAAUUCUGUAACAAGGAAGAUGAUUUCCCUUAAGUUGAUUCGCCCAUACAGUCAGUUCACCAAUAACAAACCAGCUAACCUCAUCAGAAAUGAAUUUUUAGAUUACUUCACGAAGGAUUUAAAGCACAGUUUUAUUCGUUCCAGUCCUGUCGCUCCGAUUACCGAUCACUCGCUGGCGUUUAUCAAUGCUGGCAUGAAUCAAUUUAAAGGGAUUUUCUUAGAUUAUUACAAACCUCCUGUGACAAAAGUUGCAAACUCACAGAAGUGCAUCAGAGUCGGUGGGAAGCACAAUGAUCUAAGUGUUGUUGGCAAAGAUAGUUAUCACCAUACCUUUUUUGAAAUGCUUGGCAACUGGUCUUUUGGAGAUUAUUUUAAAGAGGAUGCUUGCUCGUACGCUUGGAAUCUUUUAACAAACAUAUAUGGCAUACCUACAGAAUAUUUAUAUGUAACGUAUUUUGGUGGUAAUGAGGAACUAGGCAUGAGUCCAGAUCUGGAGUGCAAAGAUAUUUGGUUGAGACUUGGUCUUCCGGAAUAUAAAGUUCUACCUUUCGGUAUGCGAGACAAUUUCUGGGAAAUGGGGGUAUCAGGUCCUUGUGGACCUUGUACAGAGAUACAUGUUGACUAUAUGAAAAGAUCAAGUAAUCAAGCCGAACGAGUAAAUAAGGGAUAUACUGAUCUUAUGGAGUUAUGGAACAUAGUUUUUAUACAAUGUGAAAGGCUUACAAAUGGAUGUAUAGUACCUUUACCAAAUCAUCAUGUUGAUACAGGCAUGGGACUUGAACGAUUAGUUACUUUUCUACAAGAAAAAAAAUCAAAUUAUGAUACAGACCUCUUCCAGCCAUUAUUCGACGCAAUACGAAAGCAUUCGAACGCACCAGAAUAUAAGGGAAUAUUUGAUGAUAACACAAGCAAAACUAUGGUUACAGAAUUAUCACUUGAUAAUUUCAGUCCAAAACUGCGAAAAGUAUUGCGACAUGCAAUAGACAUAGGAGAGAAAAUCUUCAGAAAAUCUGGUAUAGUUUCAGAACUUGCUUGCAAUGUAGCUGAUAACCUGGGUGUAACUUACCCGGAAUUGCACACUAAUCUAAAACAGGUACAAAGGAUAAUAGAUUUUGAAGAAGAUUUAUUAAAAAGAUUACGAAAUACUUCUGGUAAAAUGUGGAAUAAGAUGAUUAAAACUCGUCCCGAAUUAAUAGCAGUUACUGAUUGGGUGGCUCCUGGUUUAGUUGAUGGCUAUAAAGAUCUACAAUCCAUGUUGAAAGAAUUACGUAAAACUAAUGUAUUAUCUGGAACUGUCGCAUUUAAGCUGUAUGAUACAUACGGUCUAAAUUCGGAAACUAUAGCGGAACUGGCACAAAUCGAAUGUUUAUACUUUGAUGAAACUGAUUUUGAAAAGCAACUUGAUAAUCGUAGAUAUCAGUCAAGGAUUGGAUUAGACAAACAUAGUACUGUAAUUACUAAAGAGUCUUUAGGAAUACUUAAAAAAAAUCAUGUACCUAAGACGGAUGAUUCAUUCAAAUAUAAUUAUACAUAUAAUGGAAAUACCUACGAAUUUCCAGUACUUAGCAGUAAACUUAUUGGAAUUAUUGUCAAUGGUGAAUUAGUUGCAAGUAAAAAUUAUUCCGAUAUAAAAACUAAUAAUACUAACAAUAAAACAGUUGUAAAUAUCGACGAGAUAUUAAAUAGUACAGAUAAGAUUGGAAUUAUUUUGGACAAGACUAUAUGUUAUUCAUUAGAAGGUGGCCAAAUUUCAGAUAAAGGGAAUAUUCGUAUUAAGAAUUUACUUUUUAAUAUAGACAAUGUUAGAAAAGUAAAUUGCUAUGUGAUUCAUUCUGGAUAUUUUGCUAAAACAGAUUUACCUAUAUCGGAGCUGCAUUUACAAAUAGACGAUGAUUGUCUAGUCAAUAUAGAAUCAAAUAUUCGUAUUGGAGCUAUGAAACAUCAUACAGCAGCACAUUUAUUAAAUGCAGCCUUAAAGCAAGUUAUGCAAGUAAUUUAUCAACGUGGAUGUACAGUCGAUAUGGAUAGUUUAAAAUUUCAAUUCAAUUCGUUAGGCGAACAACUUACAUUAGAACAAAUGGAGACAAUAGAAAAUUGUAUUAACAAUGUCAUACAGUCUCGUGCUGUAACGACUGUGCAAACUGUGAAUUCGCUCGAACUGUUAAAGCAAAAUGAUGUUAUAUUAUUUCCAGGAGAGAUAUAUCCUUAUACAGACAUUAAAAUCGUAGAAAUUAAUACUGAUGAUUUGAAAGCAAAGGAAACGUGUUGUGGUACGCAUGUACAUAAUACUGAUGUACUGCAACACUUCUGCUUUUUAACAUAUACCUCAAAGGGAGCAACAAAACGCACUGUUAAGGCUGUUGUUGGUUCGGGAGCUCUACGUAUGAAACAAGCCGGUGAAAAUAUAUGUCAGAGGAUUGCAGAGCUAGAAGACGUUUUACGAAGUGACAAAUUUACAUAUGAACUAUUUAAUACAGAAUUAAAUCGAAUAAAACAAGAAAUUAAUGCUCAGGAUAUACAAGUACUAUUACCUUACUUGAUUAAAGAGAAAUGUUUGACACAGCUGGAGAAUUUAAGCAAGAUGGCAUGGCUGCGAGAGAAAGAAAUCGAAAUAGAUUCUAUAACUCGUGAAAUCAUUGAUGCCACGGAUUCGUUAUCUUAUUUUAUUGUGUAUUGUCUGAAUAAAAAUCCCACAUAUUUGUCAUUGCAUGAAGUUGUAUCUCUCUUUUCUGAGAUGCCAAUUUUAGUUCUGUCAUGUACAAAUGGAUUUGUAAAAGCAAGAUGUUCCAUGCCACAGGAAAUAGCUUCUAGUGCAUUUAAUGCACAAACUUGGAUGAAUAUCAUCCUUCAAAUUUUUAAUGCAGAGUAUGGACCUAUCAAGGGAUUCAAACCCAUGUUGGUCGCAAGUAUGAAAUCUACAAAAGUAUCACAGGAUUUUCAGAUACGUAUGGAAGAAGCAAUUACAGAGGCUACCAAAUUUGCAUCUGCGCAUGUAAAAAAAGUUAAGCUUACUAAUAAUAAAAAUCAGUGAACGAUUUAUUUUAUACUGCAUUUUAUCUUUUCACUCUUUAUAUUUGAAUGAAUAUAUACGUA